GCUCCUUGGAGAGGAGUCAACAAGAACUUAGGAUAGGAUAGAAAACCAACGUAGUGUACUAGACACGCUAAGCAGAUCUGUUUCUAAGCCACUGCAGAGAGUCAGGAUGGAGGGCAGUGAAGAAGGAACAAGUCUGUUAGGACCGCCUGAGAGCAAGCUUUAAAACCAAGGAGUGCAGCUUACUGUUCUUGGUUCUGAAACGACUGGGAAGCCAGUGGAGGUAUUUGGGCAUGGUGCUGAUGGAAGGGCUAUAUUUGUCAAGAUCGAGUUUAGUUCCUCUAGAGCGCAGGGAGGCUGUUUGGAGAGAACACAAAGUAAAACCAUUAUUGGAGAAAGCGGGUAAGAAGAGAGAAGAUCAUUGUCCGAACUAAGCCCGGGAAAUUGGAGGUUAAAACCACAGAGCUUCUUAACCCACCCUGCCCUAGAGAGGAUCAGCACACUCAGAGGGAGGAGGACUUCAUAAAGAUGGGACUUCCCUGUUCCCCAGCCAAAUAUCGCUCCCAGCGCCAUGUGUCUGAAGCGACAGAAUCUGCAUCUCCAGUGAAAACAACACCCCUCCACUGACGUGCUAGGGGCAUGAAUCCCCGGGGAGCAGCUCGGAGCACAGGUGAUGGGAUCAUAAGUGAAAAUGAGGAGGAGAAUCCACACCAGGAGGGUUUUCAGACAGAGGAGCCAAGUGUACCAUUGUCAGAAAAAUCCAGAAGGAAAGAUUCACAGAGCCCCAACUGGGAAGAGGACUGUGAGGAUGAGUGGGGGACAGAAAAUCAGGAGAGAAAUCUUCCAGGAAAGAAAUGGGAUGAAUCUCCUCCCCGAGAGAGAGGUUUCAGGAAACUCAAAGACAUCAUUGCCCAGCAGAGGCCCCACACUGGAGAGAAACCUCAUAAAUGUUCUGACUGUGGGAAGAGCUUUAGUCGGAGAUCAAACCUCAUUCAGCACCAGAGGACCCACACAGGCCAGAGACCUUACGAGUGCCCCGAGUGUGGGAAAACCUUCAGCCUGCGCUCGACACUUACAAGACAUCAGCGAACCCACCUGCAGGAGAAGCCCUAUAAAUGCACUGAGUGCGGGAAGAGCUUCCGCCAGAGCUCAGACCUGAUUGCCCACCAGCGAGUGCACACAGGAGAGACCCCGUACCGGUGUGCCGUGUGUGGGAAGAGCUUUGGACGGAGCUCCAACCUGAGCCAGCACCAGACCACGCACAUGGAGGAGAGACCCUAUCAAUGUGCCGACUGCCUGAAGAGUUUCCGGAGCAGUUCAGCCCUGGUGCAGCACCAGAGGAGCCACACGGGAGAGAAACCCUAUCAGUGCUCUGAAUGCAGGAGUCGCUUCCUGCAGAGCUCGGACCUCAUCAAACACCAGAGGAUCCACACCGGAGAGAGGCCCUACCAGUGCCCCGCCUGUGGGAAAUGCUUCAGCCAGAGCUCCUCACUCACUGAGCACCAGAGAACCCACACCGGAGAGCGACCCUACCGUUGCACCGAGUGCGGGAAACGUUUCUGCCAGAGCUCCACACUCAUCCAGCACCAGAGGAUUCACACAGGGGAGAAGCCCUACAGAUGCACUGAGUGUGGGAAGAGCUUCUGCCGGAGCUCCAACCUGAAUCAGCACCUGACAAUCCACAUGAUAAAGAAACCUCAUGGGUGCACUGACUGUGGGAGGGGCUUCAGUCAGCUCACUAACCUUAUUAUACACCAGAGAAUCCACUCUGGAGAGACCCCCUAGGACAGUGGUUCUCAAACUUUUGUGUUGGUGACCCUUUCACACAGCAAGCAUCUGAGUGUGACCCCUCACCCCCCAAAAAAUUAAAAACAUUUUAAAAAUAUUUAAUACUAUUAUAAAUGCUGGAGGUGAAGCGAGGUUUGGGGGGGUGGAGGUGACAACUCAUGACCCCCCAUUUAAUAAUCUCGUGACCCCCUGAGGGGUCAUGACCCCCAGUUUGAGAAUCCCUGCUCUAGGAGCUGUGGGGACAGCUUCACGGACCUACCAGCACCAGAAAAUACAUUCCACACAGAAAGCUUUGCUGGCUAUCUUCCCUCAAUAGUGGCCUACUCCGGGAGGUUCAAUUCAGGGAGUGAUUAGGGAUAUCUUCCUCCACCUUUAAGAGAUUUAUCAACUGGACAGUCUUGCAGCGAAUGAUCUGUUCUAUUUUGUUGCUUUUGCUCCACCCACUGCAGAGUGAAACUGAUCAGGAUCAUGCCAGUUUCAUUCUGCUGCUGUACAGUUGGGAUCUGCAGAGAGGGGUUGGUGGAGAAAAAUGACCCGAGGGGGUCAGACACACAGAAGCAAGGGGGAAGGUAAUGUUGCUCAGGGCUGUUCCAGAGACUAUCUUUAUCUGCAGCUCUCAUGUAAUAUAUAAUAUACCUUCUAGGUCAGGUGUCGAUAGAUACACACAGCCAGGGUAUAUUGGCUUCACAGGUGCAGAACUGCAAAGCAGUGACUUCUCAUGCGCUAUGGAAUGGACAUCAACACACCAGGACGGUCAAACUGGGUUGGGAGAACACAGUUUCUAGUGCUUGGAUCCUUCAGGGAGAAGACAAACACUGCAGUGUUCACAUGAAGUACAGGCCACUAGUGAGGUAAUGGGAUUGUGUGAAGUCCAUAAACUGGGGCCAUUGUCAGGUAUCUAAUUCUAUACUAGACAUGCGUUCCAUGAAGAGGCCAGAAAGUCCUCAGGUACUCAGCAGAAUAUGAGGAGCUGUUGUGGCCACUGCAUGUGAUCCCAACUCUAAAUACAGUCUUCCUCCUCCCACAACCCAGUCUUCAUGACAGUAACAAAUAUGCAUUCAGCAAUGUUAAUGAGCAGCAGAGGUGGAUUAAGAUAUAUUGGGGCCUGGGCAAAAAGAAUGUUUGCCCCCUCCCCCCCUGUCAUGGGGCCAAACCCCCUUCUCCUCCCCUUCCCCCCAAGGCCCCACUCCCUGGCCUGGCCAGAAGUUAGGCCAUGGUAAGAGCUGCCCAGGGAGCCUGGGACACUGUGGGGAGCCUGGUGUGGUGCACCCUGGGGGGAAGGGACAAGAGCUGGGGGCUGAUCUUGGGCACCUCGGCCCCCUGCCCAAGGCAGGUGCAGGGUUCGGGACUCCCCAGAGCUGCCCAGGCUCCCUGGGCAGUUCUUACCACAGCCUAGGGCAGUGAUCAGCUCUGCUUUGGCCCUGCCCCAGCACUGCCCCCAGCCCCAGCUGUGGUUCUGCUCCCAGCUGCACUCCCACUCACAGCCCUGGACUGCGGGCCCCAGCCCAGCUCCUGGCCUUGGCUCCCAGGGUGGGGCACAGACCAGGUAAGGGGGGGCCUAACAGAAAUUUUGGGGACCCCUGGCCUAGGGUGAUCAUACAUCCCCUUUUGGCCCAGACAUCCUGAUGUUUUUGGCAAAACUGGGUAUUUGGCCUAUUUGCUCUUUUCAACUGAUCACCAGCUGGCAAGAGCAAACAGUACAAACGCCCAGUUUUGCCACAAAGGAGU